AUGAUCGAAUCGAUGGACACGGGAAAACCCGAAAAGCAGAUAAAAGAGAAAGUACAGCAAUUGAAGGCAGAAGUGCCCGGAGAGGGAAAAGGCCCAAAUGAAGAGAAUAAAAGUACGAAUCAAGAUCUUCCGAACAAGAGGAUUGGUACGCUUUACGAGCCGCGCUUGAAUCCGCAUUUCCAGAAUUGGGAAGAAAACGGAAGGGAGCCGGAAAUGGCAGCGAGAUCUUGCCCAGAGAAACACAAUAGCCGACAGAACCGUGCCAUUACACAAAACGAAGAAAGUAUGGCUCCAUUCACUUCACUGAUCCACCGAGUGAAAGCCAUAGGAGUGAUAACACAAUGUGAAAUUGCUAAGAUGCGAUGUGGAAGCGCUAAUCGACACAAGGUCGAUGAUCAGCAUAAUACCAUUCAGGUGCUAGCCGCAGCGUACGAAAGAGGGUACGAUGCGGAUUCCUUGGAGCGCAUCCAGGAAAACGGCAUGAACAUCGUCUACGAUGCAUCUAGCAAUGAAAUAAAAUUUUUGGGAGGAGUAAGAAUUCCAACCGCGAUACAGGGAGGUAGAACAGCGCAAGUAGCAUUCUACAUCUCCGAAGAGGAUAGUUUAGAGAUCUUGCUAGGUACCAAUGCUUUAGAAAGUUUAGGCAUUAGUAUAGCACUUCAACCCGAACGCCAAAAACAGGGAGGUCACCCACAAGAGCAGGAGACGGUGGUCAGGGUAGGAAAACGAGUUAUAGUCCCGUCGUAUGGAAUAAAGUUAGCAACGGCGAAUUGCGUCACGGAAAGUGAAGAAGGUGUAUUGUGGUCUAAAAUAAAGGGAGUGACAAGUGGCGUAUACAAAAUAACGAAUGAAACGAUAACCAUACCCGUGCUUAACAGCGAAGAAGCCCCACUGAUUUUGCGUAAAGGUGACGAGCUAGGCGAGCUGACCAAAGAAAGAUGGAUAGAGAAAUGGGAGAAAUUCACCAUGCCGGACCAUGGCACAGUAGAGAUGGAGAAGAACGAGAAGAAAAAGCUACUUUGGGAGCAAAUUAAACCGAACCAAGAAGAAAACGAAUUUGAAAAAGAACUACAAGAUAUACUAGAGGAAUACAUCGACGACGAUGCACCAAAUGACGACGUCGAGUCGAGGGGUGAUGUCGUAGUAGAUUUAGAUGAAGACGAUAGGCAAUAA